AUGGGCGCCACGGCAAAGAAACAAAAGCGCGAGGUCUACCGCAAUAAAGUCGCUGCUGCGACCUCUGCGGAGGUCGGCGAUGUAGCCCUAGCGGACCUAAAGCUGCCGCAGAAGAAGUACUACCGCCAGCGCGCCCAUGCGAAUCCAUUCUCGGAUCAUCUGUUGAAGUACCCCCUCUCCCCAGCACACAUGGACUGGAGCAAGCACUUCCCGGCCUUCGUGAACCCCGACCCCACACAGACGAACCUCGCCGGCACAAGGAAGCUACUCAGGGACGUGGAGGUCGUCGAUAUCGGAUGCGGCUUCGGCGGCCUACUCGUUGGGCUCGCGCCCGUUUUGCCCGACUCGCUUAUGGUUGGAAUGGAAAUCCGCGUCCAAGUAACCGAAUACCUCACAAACCGCAUCAAAGCCCUACGCGCCCAACAAGCCCUAAAACGCCAAAUGACCUCGACAUCUACACCCUCAACGCCCGCCCCCGAACCCUCCCCUGCCCCUGCUACCGCCUCCGAAACCAACCCCAACUCCAAACCCGCAACCCCCGACCCCACGGUCGACGACUCCGAAGUCUUCCCAAACUCCCUAAUCCCCGGCGGCUACCAAAACAUCACCGCGAUCCGGGCCAACACGAUGAAAUUCCUGCCGAACUUCUUUGCGCGCGGGCAGCUGUCCAAGAUCUUCAUUUGUUUCCCGGAUCCGCACUUCAAGGCGCGCAAGCACAAGGCGCGCAUUGUGAGCGAGACGCUGAAUGCGGAGUAUGCGUAUGCGCUUCGGCCUGGUGGGUUGCUCUAUACGAUUACGGAUGUGGAGGAGUAUCAUUAUUGGAUUUUGAGGCAUUUUGGGUAUGGGACGCCUGUUGAGAAGGGGCAGGGGCCGGAAGGGGGAGAGGAGGGGUUGGAAGAGGUGAAGAGGGAGGGGUCGGCGGAGUUGUUUGAGAGGGUGAGUGAGGAGGAGAUUGAGAAGGAUGAGUGUGUUAGGGUUAUGAAGGAUGCGACGGAGGAGGGGAAGAAGGUUGCGAGGAAUAAGGGGAAUAAGUAUGUUGCUGUGUUCAGGAGGAAGGAAAACCCGGAGUGGGUUUGA